AUGUCUCACCUUCCCGUCGAGCCCGAGUUCCUCCAGGCCUACAGCGAGCUUGUCAGCACGCUCGAGGACAGCUCUCUCUUCUCCCAGCACCCCGAGUUCCGCACCGCCCUCGAGGUGGUCUCCAUCCCUGAGCGUGUCAUCCAGUUCCGCGUCGUCUGGGAGGAUGACAAGGGCAACACCCGUGUCAACCGCGGCUACCGUGUGCAGUUCAACUCGGCCCUCGGCCCCUACAAGGGCGGUCUUCGCUUCCACCCCACCGUCAACCUGUCCGUCCUCAAGUUCCUCGGCUUUGAGCAGAUCUUCAAGAACGCCCUCACCGGCCUGAACAUUGGCGGUGGCAAGGGUGGUGCCGACAUCAACCCCAAGGACAUGAGCGAUGCUGAGAUCCGUCGCUUCUGCGUUGCCUUCAUGCGCCAGCUGAGCAAGCACAUCGGUGCCGACACCGAUGUGCCCGCCGGUGACAUCGGUGUCGGUGGCCGCGAGAUUGGCCACCUCUUCGGUACCUACCGCCAGGAGCGUAACAAGUUUGAGGGUGUUCUCACCGGCAAGGGCAACUCCUGGGGCGGCUCCCUCAUCCGCCCCGAGGCCACCGGCUACGGUCUCGUCUACUACGUCGACCACAUGCUGCAGUACGCCGGCAAGGGUGGAUUCGCCGGCAAGCGCGUCGCCAUCUCCGGCUCCGGCAACGUCGCCCAGUACGCCGCUCUCAAGUGCAUUGAGCUCGGCGCCACCGUUGUCUCCCUGUCCGACUCCCAGGGCUGUCUCGUCGCCGAGGGCGACGCCGCCUUCACCCCCGAGCAGAUUGAGGCCAUCGCCGCCCUCAAGCUCGAGCGCAAGCCCCUGACCGCCUUUGACCACAAGGGCGCCUUCAUGUACAUCAAGGGCGCUCGCCCCUGGACCCACGUCGGCAAGGUCGAUGUCGCCCUCCCCAGCGCGACCCAGAACGAGGUCUCCAAGGAGGAGGCCGAGGCGCUCAUCGCCAACGGCGUGCUCGCCAUUGCUGAGGGCUCCAACAUGGGCUGCACCCAGGAGGCCAUUGACGUUUUCGAGGAGACGCGCAAGACCAAGGGUGACGCCGCCGUCUGGUACGGACCCGGCAAGGCCGCCAACUGCGGUGGUGUGGCCGUGUCCGGCCUCGAGAUGGCGCAGAACAGCCAGCGUCUGUCCUGGACGCGCGAGGAGGUCGACGAGAAGCUCAAGGACAUCAUGAAGAACGCCUUCCUCAACGGUGUCAACACGGCCAAGGAGUACGUCAAGACGGCCGACGGCGAGCUGCCCAGCCUGGUCGCCGGCAGCAACAUUGCCGGCUUUGUCAAGGUCGCGCGCGCCAUGCAGGACCAGGGCGACUGGUGGAACUAA